GUCAAGUUCAUGACUUCACGAUACCAGCCUAAAGGAAAGCCACACAAAAAAGUUUUCUUGCUUCUUUUUCAGUAAUUCAAUUUCAUUUUCGCGCCACAACUAUAAAUUGAGAGCUUCCGAUCCUUACAGCCGCAUCUCCAAACAAAUCUACCUUCCUCGCAAUCCAAAUUAAACCGUCUCUCAUCUCAAUCAAAAUGGGUAUCUGGCUUUCAACUCCUUUCAUCGUAAAAACGGUGAAAAAAGGGAAAAAUCCGCCCAAAGCGAUCGACCAAGCGGACAAUUCAACAACAAUUCUAAAACGGUUCUUCGACCCUUCCCCGCCGUCGACUCAGUUUUAUUCGCUCGACCCUACAUCUUUCGAUCCGAUGACUGGAGCCGAUGAUCGACACGCAGGGAUUUUCAGUGCUCAUAUCGGCUUGUUUAUGUUGUUAUUUGUGGUAUUGUUGACCGCAUUGUUCAUUAUACUACUGGGAACGAGGAAAGAGAAGAGGGUGUGCCUCACCGGAGAUCCAGAAAAGGAAGGAGCAUUCUUGGAUCGUGAUCAAAGCUCCAAGCCGAACACCGUUGAGCCCAUGUCUCGGUCCAAUGCCAUCCGCACAAUGCCAGAGACGACCCAACGAUGAUUUCCAGCGAAGGUGACGAAGGGCAGGAGAGGGAGGAUGAGAGGGCAACUUUUGAUUCUUUCUUUGGUGUCCUUGGAAAUGCUGGCGAGAGAUAUGAAAGGUAGUGAUCU